AUGAGGCUACCGCAUACCCUGCUGGCCGCAUCACUCGCGCUGGCCGUGGUCUCCUUGCCUGUCGAGUCGCAGGAGGUCCAGCUACAGGUGCUGACUCCGGAUGACUUCAAAGAUACUAUAGCCAACGGCGUGUGGUUCAUCGAGCACUUCUCGCCGUAUUGCGGGCACUGCAGGCAGUUCGCGCCCACAUGGAAACAACUCGUGGACGAGAUCGAGAAGACGCCUGACCCGGGCAUCCACUUGGCUCAGGUCAACUGCGCGGUCAACGGAGACUUGUGCACCGCUAACGGAGUCAAGGGGUACCCCCAAAUGAACCUCUAUAAGAACGGCGAAUUCAUCGAGACAUGGCACAAAGCGCGCAACUACGACGACCUCCUCGCCUACCUCCGCCAGCACGCCGAACCCUCGCACCCUCACACCCUGCCGCCCUACGACGCCGCCUCCGACGCCGACCUUGACGCCGACCUUCCCCCCGCCGGCGUCGACCCCAACCCUCACGGAGAAGUGCUCUCCCUCAACUCCAAGAACUUCUACGGGUACCUCAGCGAAGGCCCGCUCUUCGUCAAGUUCUUCGCCCCCUGGUGCGGCCACUGCAAGAAGCUCGCGCCGCACUGGACGAAGCUCGCCGAGGCCAUGAAGCACCGCAUGGCGAUCGCCGAGGUCGACUGCGAGGCGGAGCCCAAGCUCUGCAAGCAGCAGGGCGUGACCGGAUACCCGAUGUUGUACUAUUACGAGGGCGGAGAGAAGACGGAGUACGUCGGCGGAAGGAAGAUCGGCCCGCUGCAGAGCUGGGCGGAGAAGGCCGCGGCCCCCAGCGUGCUGGAGAUCACAACGACUGACGAGCUGGACACACGACUGAACGAGGACCCGGUGGUGUUCCUCGCCCUUCACUCAGGAUCGGAUAAGGCCUUGGUGACCUCGUUGCAGCAAGCCGCCUCUUCGCUCCUCGGUAGCGCUCAGCUCCUCCUAUCCUCUUCCCCAGAUAUAUACACCCAGCUCUCCCUCCCCGCCUCCUCCCCCGUUCUCCUCGUGCUCAAAGACGGCGCCCUCGCGCCCACCGCCUCCCUCCCGCUCAUCGCGCACCCUCCCCCGGCCGCGAUCAAAGACUUCCUCACCAAGCACAAGCUCCCGACCGCGCUCGAGCUCACGCAAGAAACGUUCCAGAGCGUGAUGAGCGCGCCGCACCGCCCGCUGGUCGUCCUCGCUGCCGUUGGCAAGGACGACGCGAACAAGGAUGCAUACACGAAGAGUAUCAAAGAGCUCGCCCGGGCGUGGCUGGCGAAAGAGCAGGCUGAGCCCGGGAAGCGCGCGGUGGUGUUCACAUGGAUGGACGCGGAUCGGUGGGCGAGCUGGUUGAAGAGCAUGUAUGGUAUCCAGGUCGUACCGGGUGCGGAACCGCCGGUCGUCAUCACUGACCAUGCCGAAUUGGUGUACUGGGACACCGACGCGCGCGGUGCCAAGAUUGCGCUGUCGGAAGUUAGCCUCUUCUCCGCCAUCGAGGGCGCGUUAUCGGGAACGAUCGCGUACAACUACUCGGAGAACAUCAUCGAGCGCUUUGCAAGGCGGAUGAACAAGUAUCUCACGGCGCUCGAGAGCAACAUCUUCGCACACCCCCUACGCACACUCACGAUCUUUGUAUUGUUCAUGGGCGCCUUGUUCUACGCGCUAAAACGCUGGGUGUUCGACGACAUCAGCGAUCUGGACGCGGGCAGGUACAACCCCGAGCGCGAGAAGCAGGUCAAAAAGGCGGCGAAUCGUCUAGACUGA